UUCUAUAUUUACUACCCAAUUAUCAUCCUCGAUGAAAGUAAAAAAAAAACAAGGAGCUAAUCAAGAAAUGAUAUCAUGAAUAUAAGCAAUAAAAGGAUGAAUAAUAUGAACGAUGCUCAGAGUUCAAAAAGAGUGAAACGUGAAUGCAGUUAUGGUGAUAAAUGUUAUAGAUUAAAUCCAGCACAUUUUCGAGAAUUCAGCCAUCCGCAUUUGGAAAGCAUACUAAAUACCUAUGAAGGAAAUGGUGACUAUGAUAUACCUCAGCAAUAUUCAAUGCAACGGAGUCAGAUUAUUGAACAAUUAAACAUUAUUGUUGAGAAGAACUUGUAUAUAGGAAAAAUUGGAACACAAUCAUCUGAUGAUAAACAAUCAAGUACACGGACCAAAGAUGAAACACCGAAUACACAAAGUACAAAUGUAACGCAAAUAAAACCACAGAAAAUAAUGGCGAUCAAAACUAUUCCGCAGUGUAGUCAGGAUAGUGUUAAAAUUAAUAGAGAAAAAUCCCAGAAUCAAGAACAAAAAGUUAGAGAUUCUGACUAUAGACCAAUAGUGCCACCGACUCGAAAAUACUCAGAGUAUUUCAAAGUGAUUCCAGAGAAAAACAAAAUGGCGGCGAAACAUGACGCCUGCGCACCGUAUUAUAUAUUCUAUACCACCAUUACAGAUGCAAAAGAAACACACACACAGCCGUAUUCUAUAAGUUUUCAAGAAAUAUUGGAUUUCAGUCUCGGCGAAUUGAAGUGUUCGCUGCAAAUAAAUUUUAUGGUUGAUGUGAGCUGGCUUCUUGCGCAAUAUUAUUUCGCUGGAUACAGUGCCAAAAAGCUAACAAUUCUCUAUGGCGAAGAGUGCCCGGACUUGAAGACGAUUAGCCAAAAGAAGCCGCACGUUGACGCCCACUAUGUUACCAUGGCAACGCCAUUCGGUAAACACCACACAAAAAUGAUGGUGCUGUGCUACGAAGACGGUUCGUUGAGGGUGGUUGUGUCAACCGCGAACCUAUAUGUUGACGACUGGGAGAAUAGAACGCAGGGACUCUGGUUUAGUCCGCGCUGUCCAGAAUUACCACCGGACGCAAUGCCUCAUGAUGGAGACUCCCCAACGAUGUUCAAGAAGACAUUAUUGCGAUAUCUCAACCAUUAUCAUUUGCCGCAACUCGCAUUUUAUAUGGAGAGGGUAAAGCGAUGCGAUUUUUCACACAUCAAUGUCUUCUUGAUUGCAUCAGCCCCGGGUGCCCAUUUCGAUGUCGACUGGGGCAUGACCCGUGUUGGGUCUCUAUUGCGACAGCACUGUUGUAUUCCGCCGUCUGAGAACAGCCGCUGGCCUUUAUUGGCACAAGCCAGCAGCAUUGGAAGCUAUGGGAAGGAACCUAAGUUAUGGCUAACGGGAGACUUUCUUCAUCAAUUCACAAAAAUCAAGGAUCAAUCCCAAAUGCUGUCUUCACCAGCUGAGUUGAAGGUUAUUUAUCCAUCUCUAGAAAACGUGAAACAGUCGCACGAUGGUCUACUGGGUGGUGGAUGCCUUCCAUACGGCGCAAGCGCACACGCCAAACAACCUUGGCUCAACCAAUUUCUUUACCAAUGGAAAGCAACACACACGAAUCGGAAUAAAGCAAUGCCACACAUAAAAUCGUACACCCGAGUAUCACCGGAUAACAAAAUGGCGGCCUACUACCUCCUCACAUCCGGGAAUAUCAGUAAGGCUGCGUGGGGCUCCAUAAAUAAGGGGAAUAAGGCAUUGCGGAUCAUGAGUUAUGAGGCCGGCGUGCUGCUGCUGCCAAGAUUUGUGAUAAAUGAAGACUUGUUCCCUCUCAGUGAUAAAACGCAUCGUUUAAUAAUACCAUACGACAUACCUCCCAUUAAAUACACGAGCGAUAUGUCGCCAUGGGUUUCUGAUUAUUUACAUUGAUUUUUACCUUUUUCUAUUUAGAGUCCGUUCAAGUGUUACGUAAGCAGAUUUACUGCAAUUUAUCCCCACCCACCCACACACACGCACACACACACACACAUACACAUACAC